CACACGCCAUAAUGUAAAUUGCUUCUAGAUUUUGGCGUUUGAGUUAAAAAUUACAUUUUGAUGUUAAGAAUAAUUUAUUUGUAAUGUAAAUACAAGACAUUUAAAAUGUCAGUAGAAAACAUUGGCUUAGCAUAAGCGAUGGCUCAAUAUUACCAAAUAGUUGGACAAAGGCAUUCACUAACUUUAGAAGAUUUACAAAGGUAUUGUCCAAAUAUUUGCCUAGAUGGCAUUAUUGUUAGCCAAGAUGAACAACAGUAUGGUCAGCAACAGGUUGUAGUUCAACAGACAGAGCAGCCUAGUGAUAUUAUUGUUAGUGAUGGAGUUCAACAACAAUUGGUUGUUAGUGAUGGCUUGCAAUAUCAACAACAGUACAUUAUACGACAUGAACCUCCAUCUUCACACACUUCAACACCACAUGUUGACUUUCAACAAGCACAACAAAAUCAGCAACAACAGUCUCAACAGCAACAAUCUCAGCAACAACAACAGCAGCAGCAACAACAGCAGCAAGCUAUGCACAGACAGGUUUACUACACAUCAGAUUUACCUAUGGAUGCUCAGGUUGUGUUGCAACAGGCACAACAGAUCAUUGAUGCAUCUGUGAUGCAACAGUCCUCUGCACAACAUCCUCAACAUCAGAUGGUGAGUCCAGCCCAUGCACUGCCACAGCCAACAGUAAUACAUCCCGCGCAACCGCCUCCGCCACAGCCGCCUCCUUUGCCCCCGCCUCCGCAACAUGGGCCAACGCAAGCACAACCCCAAGGACAACCGCAAUUAUCGAGGGGCUCUCCACAACUAAUGCAUUUACAACAACAGCAACAACAAAUACAUUUGCAACAAUUACAACAACACCUACAGCAGCAACAACAUCUCCAGCAACAGCAACAACUUCAGCAGCAACAACAACAGUUACAACAGCAGCAACAACAACAACAGCAACAGAUACAACAUCAACAAGUGGUGAUGCAUGCUGCUUAUAUUAAUCAAGGGAACUCUGGUAACCGUCAACCUGGAACGAGGCUACUGAACCAGGCGCUAAAUCCGGGUGGCGUGACGUUAGUGCGGGCGCCGGUCCGUCCGCGCCGCCCCGCUCCGCUGCACGCCACCGCCAGGCUACUCAGCCCUCAUCCGCAGAGCGGCACUGGUCGCGGUGCGACGCGCAUCAUCACCCCGCACGCGCUGCACCGCGCGCCGCGGCCGCCUCGUCCUCGCACGCCCGUACACCAGCAGCAUCCGCAUCCUCAACAACAACAACAACAACAACAACAGCAGCAGCAGCAACAACAACAACAACAACAACCACAGCCACAGCAACAACAACAUCCACAAAUUCAACUAGCCCAACAUGCUAUGGUACAGCAAAUUCAUCCACCCCAGAUGAACACUAUGAAGUUGGCCCAACAUCAGAUAUUGAAUCAGAACCAAACGCAUACGCAACCGACGCGCAUAAUUACACCUCAAGGCACAAUCGUCAGUCAAAGUUUAACAUCGCAAAUGCCUCAACUUGUUCAAACGCAAACAAACCAAAAUAACGGACCUCUACCUCAACAGAACGCGUUAUUGUCUCAAAGAUCUUCUCCUCACCCCCAACAAGUGCAACAACCAGUCAAGAAAGUGAUCGUCCAACCGAACAACGCAAAUGACAUGGAUGACUUGGAGGAAAGCAUAACUGCUGCUAUAGUUCAGAAACAUCCGGUCACUGACGGUGUUAAUAUCCCCCAACAGUUCAACACUCCACCUCCUAAUAUGAGACAAAAUCAUGUUCCUGGGCCUGCUCCACAGCAACACCAACAGAACCUUGGUUAUACGCAACAUUACCAGCAGCAACCAAUUACUUACGACCAAUCGCAUGUACCUCAGCAUCCUCAACCACUGACUCAACGAAUGAUGGAUCCCAUGGAAGAUAUGGAUGAUGAACGACAAGUUGCCCUGUAUAAUGGACAACGCAUGGUCCUGACUGAGUAUAAACGAUUACAACAGACCCCACGAAACAUAAUCUCGCAACAAUCUAGGGAAACUGGUCGACAAACCUUAGUUAGAAGUAAAGAACAACCAAGGCCUGUACAACGAGUACCUCCAAUGCAGACCCAACCACAACUUUCCCAACAUGAAAACAACGAAACACCAAGUGGGCCUUCAGAACAAACAUCAGAACCGCAAUCAGCCAAAAUGUUAAUCUUUCUUCAGAAUGGGGAGCAAAGACUUGUGACUUUUACAUUACCAAAAGAAAGUUGUACACUUCAAGAAGUUCUUGAACAGGUCAAUGUUCCUUUUUCGGAAGAUACACAAAUUCAAUGUAUGCAAAACACAAGCAGUGAAAUUGACUACUUUGUAUCAGUUGGGGCUACAACUAGAAUAGAGGAAAUGCUGGAGAAUCAUCCGAUGCUAUUAGGAGACAUAAGCAGUACGAGUUCACCAAAUGUCAUGUCACAAACGCAAAGCAGUGAAAUGUCUACUCCUGAAAAAUCGAACAGUAAUGAUCAUGUGAACAAUAGUCCAGAAUCUCCAGGUCAGCGAUCGCCCCCACCUCGACACGUAGACGGGAUGCUUGCUCUCUGCAAGUCUUGUGGCUACACAGGGUUUAAUUUCAGUAAAUGUGAAAGGUGUAAACGAGUGUUUACUGAAGAGCCUAAAAGCGUACCGAUAUCCAGUAAAAAAGUAGAACAAAAGAAAAAGGAACCAGAAAAGUCAUUACUUGAAAAACAAAACUCAUGUGUGGAAGGACUAAAAUUGAAUUUAUUAAAGUCCACUACGUUGAAAACUUAUAAUAAAACGCCUGCGCAAGAGAAAAAAGCGACGAGAGUAAGAAAGCCUAGAGGGAAGCAACCUGAUCCAGAGCCUGUGAUACUGACGUUAAGUUCUGACGAAGAAGAUUCAAACAGUUCCAUGAUGAGCAAUCAGCAUGAACAGUCCUUUACCAUGAAAGAGCCAUCACUAAGCGAAAUCGAAGGAAGAACUCCAGACAGUGGUAUUGGGAUGGACCAAAUGGAUGAUGGUAGCAGAGAAGAAAUCAGUCCAAGCAGUUUUCAAGGCAUCGUUACCUCUCUUAAUUGUAGGACUAUAAGAAUUGGUUCCUACAGAUACACACCAAAAGAGAAGGUAUACAUAUCAUCAAAAGGGAUCAAAAUAGUUGCACCUUCAUUGAAAAAUGAAUCUAAAGAAGUUGCUCUUCAGAUACAGCUGAAGGAAGUGGUAAAAAUAUUAGUACAUUUUGGGAAAGGAUUACCUGUGAUCUUCUUGUAUACUAUGAGCAAAUGCAGUGCAUACAUAAGAAGAGCUCUUGAUAUGGUUGAAAAUGAAGGGCCUUAUUAUGAUCCUAUGUCAAAAACAGACCCAUACAGGAGAAUAACAUUACUGCCAGAAAUUAUAACUGAAGAAGCAAAAGUAGCUCUGAACACACUGUUUGGAAAAGUUACUGAUGAACUGAAUUCUAGAGAAGCUAAUGAUAUACUUGUAAGGACUUGCCCCAAAGAAAGCAAUAAUGUUACUAAAAUGGCUACUAGAUCUUUAAGUGCUUCCUCAGUUGGAGUUAGAUGUUCCAACACGCCUGAUAUCAAACAGAUUUUGAUAUAUCCCCCUGGUAAAGGGGGCAUACCAAUAAACACAGAGGACUACAUGUGCCUAGCUCAGGAUCAGUUUUUAAAUGACGUUAUCAUAGAUUUCUAUUUAAAAUAUUUAGUUCAUGAUGUACUAACUCACAAUCAGAGAGAAAAGACUCACAUAUUUAGUACUUUUUUUUAUAAACGGCUAACAACUAAACCCAGUAAAUUCAACAAGAGCUCAAAUCCCCAUGAAUGGGAUAGCAAUUUGACUCCAGCUCAGAAAAGACAUGCUAGAGUGAGAACGUGGACAAAGAAUGUGAACAUAUUUGAAAAAGAUUAUGUUGUAGUUCCUAUUAAUGAAAACUGUCAUUGGUUUGUAGCUAUUAUUUGCUUUCCUAGUUUAGAUGGCUGCAGAAGUAUGUUAGAUAAUCGCACUGUUACACCACAGGAAAUAAGAAAAAAAGAAAGAAGGUCGUCCUUGCAAAUAGGUAAUACAACCAUUACACCAUUGACAAAACAGGAACAGUUAACAUUAAGUAAUGACUCGGACAAUCUCAGUGAAAGAGAUGAAGCUGAAGCAGAAGAAAGUGACUUAGAUAUGCAAUGUGAUUCUGAUGAUGAUGAACAUGAUAAAAGUCCGCUGGAGAACAAAAUUGAACCUCAACAGUGUUGUAGUAAAAAUGAACCAAUCAAACAACCCUGCAUAUUGAUAUUUGAUUCUUUGGCUGGAGCCUCAAGAUCACGUGUUGUAGCCACUUUGAGAGACUAUCUUACUUGUGAAUACCAUGUUAAAGUAUCUCCUCUCAAAAUAUUCAAUAAGGACAAUAUCAAAGGGAGUUGCCUUAAAAUACCUCAGCAAAACAAUUUUACAGAUUGUGGCCUAUAUCUACUACAGUAUGUUGAGCAGUUUUUCAAGGAUCCUAUAACAGACUACACACUACCUAUAAAACAGUUAACUAAUUGGUUUGAUGAAAUAGUGGUCACUAGGAAGAGGGAAGAGAUAUCCAAUUUACUUAAAAGUUUAAUGAAUAAGUACAAUCCAGAUUCUCAUUUAACUCUGCCUGAUAUUACAUUCCCAACUUUAAAUGGUAAAUUAAUAGAGUCUGAGGAUAAUGAAGAAUGUUUAGAAGGUGAAAGAGGAAACCAAAAUUCCAUUAAAAAAUCUGAAAAAGACCUAGAAACCGCAACAUUGACGUUUGUUAAACAAAUACCUAGUGAGUUAGUGAAACGUAGCUUUGGAGAUCCUUCAGAUGGUACUAUUGUGCGGAAAACUAUAAGAAUCGCGAGUGAUAUUGAGAAUAGAUCAUUGGUGCAAAUGAAACCAGAACUUAUAAAAAAAGGUGAUAGUGAAAAUAAAAUUUUAAUUCCAAUUAAGUUACACACAGGUGAUGUAGUCAAAGACAUUCAGCAUACAUUAAUAGUAAAUAAGAGUGGCAAGACUAUUGGUGAAAAAAAACAUGGUGUACAUUACCAAAGUGUAACCAAUUCAAAUUGUGUUCGACAGACAGUUGGAGAUAGUAUCAGUAACAGUAAUUCGUUCCUUAAAGCUAGAAAAUUGAAUAAACUUGAGGAUGUAAUGAAUGAAUCAACAAAAAAAUUCAAAAGGAAUUAAUGUUGAAAUCUUGUUGCCUGUCCAUGUUUGUCUAUUAAAUUAUUUUUAAUUUAAAUAAAAUGUAUAGUUGUUUUAUGGACUUGUAAAUAUUAGAACUAUAUUAUAAUAACACCUUGUAUUUAAUACUGUAUUUUAUAAUUGUAAAGAUUUUAAGGUUUACCUGUGUAUCAUACUAGCUUCCACGAAAUACAAAACUGAAACAUAAAUAUCCUGAAUCUUUUAUUUUUAACUAGAUUUCCCCGUGAUUUCAGCGGCUAUAAAAGUGGUUUUCAGAAAUAAUGAAUCAUUGCGAUUUUCUCGUUAACAGUGGCUUAUAAACUGAUCCGAUUUGUAAAUCUGUCCGU